AUGCGCCUGAAAGCUUUAUCCUUGCUUUUUCUUGGCGUUUCUGCCAGGGCUGACAACGGAGAACUAACGAAUGAAGAAUGGUGGGAAAAAUAUGGAGUGAAGUCGGUACGAGUUGAGACCAUUGUUCAUCGACGAAAACAUGACUUGAAUAAUUUGCCGGAGUAUGCCAGAAUUGCGGGAGGAUGGAUCGAGGGGAGCCCAACAGCGAACUCAUGGAUCAAAGAUUUCUCAAAAAAUGAAGUCAACCUCUGGCAUAAUUUCAGCUUCAAACAUCUUCAUCCUUGCAAAGAACUCUACAUCAAAUUCCAUAAUCGAAAAGGAGUAGUAAAAGAAGAUCUCCAAAUCACUAACUGGAACCUCUAUCAACUAAGAAGAGAGCUCCGACAAAGAGGAUUCAUGCACAAAGACUCGGAACACCAAAAGCUCACUGAAGAAGAAAAACAAAGCCCUUACAUCAAGUACAUCUACAAGCUUCCUCCCAAGAAGAAAAAAACUGAGCUUUGA